GUGCGGAGCAGUACAGCAAAAAGACAGGCUGUCGAGAACAUUCUCUGGCGUCUUUAAAAUCCAGCGCCGACCGCGUGGGCAUUUCAGUGUUCAUUCCGUGCUAGCAGAGCCCUGCGGUGUUUGCAAGCGACGCACUCUGGUCAAAAUGCCUGAGGAAACGCGCAUGGAGGACUCCGGGGAGGUGGAGACCUUCGCCUUCCAAGCGGAGAUCGCCCAGUUGAUGAGCCUGAUCAUCAACACCUUCUACUCGAACAAAGAGAUCUUCCUCCGUGAGUUGAUCUCCAACUCUUCCGAUGCCCUGGACAAGAUCCGCUACGAGUCUCUCACGGACCCGAGCAAGCUUGAUGCUCAAAAGGAGCUUUAUAUAAAGAUCAUCCCCAACCGCGAUGACCGCACCCUGACGAUCAUCGACACCGGCAUCGGCAUGACAAAGGCGGACCUGAUCAACAACCUGGGCACCAUCGCCAAGUCUGGCACCAAGGCGUUCAUGGAGGCGCUUCAGGCCGGCGCCGACAUCAGCAUGAUCGGCCAGUUCGGCGUGGGUUUCUACUCUGGCUACCUCGUCGCGGACAAGGUGACCGUCACGUCAAAGCACAAUGAUGACGAGCAGUACACGUGGGAGUCGUCGGCCGGCGGUUCGUUCACCAUUCGCACCGACAACUCCGAGCCCCUCGGACGCGGCACCAAGAUCGUGCUCCACCUGAAGGAGGACCAGACGGAGUACCUGGAAGAGAGGCGUAUCAAGGACGUCGUUAAGAAGCACUCGCAGUUCAUCGGCUACCCGAUCCGCCUGUUGGUGCAGAAGGAACGCGAGAAGGAAGUCUCCGACGACGAGGAGGAAGAGAAGGAGAAAGAUGAAAAGACCGAAGACGAAAAGCCCGACGAGGAGGGUAAGCCCAAAAUCGAGGAUGUUGAGGAUGACGACGAGUCGGCCGAUAAGGACAAGAAAAAGAAGAAAAAGAUCAAGGAAAAGUACUCCGAAGACGAGGAACUGAAUAAGACCAAGCCGAUCUGGAUGCGCAACCCCGACGACAUCUCUCAGGAAGAAUACGGAGAGUUCUACAAGUCCCUGACCAACGACUGGGAAGACCACCUUGCUGUCAAGCACUUCUCGGUCGAAGGCCAGCUCGAGUUCCGCGCGCUGCUGUUCGUUCCCAAGCGCGCGCCGUUCGACUUGUUCGAGAACCGCAAGCAGAAGAAUAACAUCAAGCUGUACGUGCGCCGGGUCUUCAUCAUGGACAACUGUGAGGACCUCAUCCCGGAGUACCUCAACUUCAUCAAGGGCGUCGUCGACUCCGAGGACCUGCCGCUCAACAUUUCCCGUGAGAUGCUCCAGCAGAACAAGAUCCUCAAAGUGAUCAGGAAGAACCUCGUCAAGAAAUGCCUCGAGCUCUUCGACAGCAUCGCCGAGGACCGGGACAUGUACAAGAAGUUCUACGAGCAAUUCAGCAAGAACCUUAAGUUGGGCAUCCACGAGGAUUCUCAAAACCGCAAGAAGCUGGCAGAGUUUCUGCGCUACUACACAUCUGCUUCUGGCGACGAGAUGUGCUCUCUGAAGGAUUACACAUCGCGCAUGAAGGAGAACCAGAAGCACAUCUACUACAUCACGGGCGAGUCCAAGGACCAGGUGGCCAACUCUGCCUUCGUCGAGCGUGUGCGUGAGCGGGGCCUCGAGGUCAUCUACAUGAUUGAGCCCAUCGACGAGUACUGCGUGCAGCAGCUGAAGGAGUACGAUGGCAAGACUCUGGUCUCCGUCACCAAGGAAGGCCUCGAGCUGCCCGAGGACGAGGCUGAGAAGAAGCGGCAGGAGGAGAACAAGGCCAAGUUCGAGAACUUGUGCAAGGUCAUGAAGGAUAUCCUGGACAAGAAGGUCGAGAAGGUGAUCGUGUCCAACCGUCUAGUCAAGUCUCCGUGCUGCAUUGUGACCUCUCAGUACGGCUGGACCGCGAACAUGGAGCGGAUCAUGAAGGCGCAGGCGCUGCGCGACUCCAGCACCAUGGGCUACAUGGCAGCCAAGAAGCACCUCGAGGUGAACCCCGACCACCCCAUCAUGGAGAACCUCCGUCAGAAAGCCGAUGCUGACCGCAAUGACAAGGCAGUCAAGGACCUUGUCAUGCUGCUCUUUGAAACUGCGCUGCUUUGCUCUGGCUUUGCCCUUGAAGACCCUCAGCUGCAUGCAGACCGCAUCUACCGCAUGAUCAAGCUCGGUCUUGGCAUCGACGAGGACGAGGUGGCCGGUGCUGGGGACAAUACGGCGGCGGCACCCACGGUGGAAGAGAUGCCACCACUAGAAGGAGACGAUGAAGAUGCAUCUCGCAUGGAGGAGGUUGACUGAGCUGGUCUUAGUCUGCCUUAGUAAUUUUUUUUUUUCACAUGUAUAUAUUUACACAGUCACCAUGUUCAUCAAAUUUUUUUUUCUUUGUUUGUGCUAAGAAUAAAUUAAAUUUAUUCCCUGUU